AUGUCAUUGGACUUUAGCACCACGUUGAGACCCACCAAGACACUCGGGCUGGGUAUUUGGGAUGUACAGCUAGACAGACGAGACGAGUCCAGCUCGCAAAGUCAAAGUUUUAGGACUUCCACAGCGUCAUCUACAGGCUCAGGUUGCGUUACCUGCUCAGGAACACCGGCAUGUCCUGUGUGUGCUGAAGACGAACAAUGUGCGCUUUCGCUGCAGCGAUGCGACCAGUGUGCUCAAACGUACUGUGCAAAGAAAAACGGAGCGCUGGGGUCUGGUUCUAGUUCGUCGCCUUCGUCAAGUGCGGCAGUUGCAGGUGGAUCCAGUUCCAAAUCCUCUAAUUCUGGGAAAGUCGGUGGAAUCGUGGGUGGUGUGGUUGGUGGUGUAGGUCUGAUCGUGGUGUUGUUAUUGCUUUACCUGUACCUCAAGUUCUGGCGUAAAAAUCGUACGCGCAACAAGGAGGUUCUGGUGGCCCACGAACAUUACGGCGAUGAUUUCGAGGAUGGCAGAGGCCCGUCUGGCAACUCUCGGUCCAACUCAUACAUUCAGGAGCGUGACUCUUUGUAUCAGCCCCGAAACCGAAGUUCUGCUGCCACUCAAAUCACUAAGGCCUCCAACAUAUUGCCUAUUGCAUACAUCCCGGGUGUCACCGCUGGCGGUCGCAGCCAAAGUAAGCUACCGCCUUUACCACGCCAUCUACUGCGUAACGGCGAUACCAGGUCGCACAUCACAUUGGGCUCUUCUAUAUUAGGCGGUGACGAUGACAACGAUAUCGAAGCAGACGGCUUAGCGAGCUCUCAAAGAGAACAUGCCAAUGAAAGCACCCCUGAAGGCUCAAGAGACGCCUUGACUACGGCAAUUCGGGCCCGUCCAAAACUAGUGCAGAUCAACGAGGAAGAGGACGAGGAGCCCGUUGAAAAGGAGACCGAUUUUGGAGAUCAAGAACAUGUCUACAGAACGUCUGAAACACAUCGCGAAAACGAAAAAGAACCUUGGAUAACCACUGCAGUGGUCCCAUCAAGCUGUGAAAGCUCUCGCCAAGAAGACACACAUGGCGAUGAGCAUCGCGUCUCGAGCGAAGUUGGCGACGAUGAUGAUGAUGAUGACGACGGAGACGAUAGCGGUAGCUUCAUUCUAGACGUGGGGAUGGAAUAG